CCACUUAUAUAUCCCUACUAGAUAUGAAUGUAUCAUCAGAUAACUACUGCCAAAAUAUAAUUAAUACUGAUAAUACUGAAAAAUAUGAGUUUUUGGAUUAUCAUGAUGCUAAAGGUGAUUCUACAACACAAUCAGAAUAUUUACAUAAUAAUCAAGGAGCAGAAAACAGAUCUGCAGACACACCACCGAUAAAGAAAAGAUGUUUAAAAGACGAGGAAAUACACAUCAUUGAAAAGUAUAAUUUAAUUGCUUCUAUUUCAGCCAUAGAGCUGAUGAAUGUUAGUAAUAAAGUUGAGAAAAUGAAAUGCCUAAAUGAAAAUUGUGACCAGCAGUUGAAAUGUGAUAAUUCAUGGAUCAAAGAACAAGACUCGGGAUAUAAUAAUACGAAUACUUAUCUUUAAGUAUGAUUUAGCUUCCAUUUUUCAUUUACAAUAAUCUACUUCUGUUGUCUGUCUACUUAUGUGUGUGUUUUUUCAUUUCAAAAGUUGCUUUCAGUAUUACUAUUUUGGUUGUGUAAUAAAUAGAAACAAAUAAAGUGAAUAUUAUUCUUAUUGCAUAAGUUUACCUCCAUGAUACUAGUGGACUUGUGUGAAAAUAAUAGCUCAGCUACCAUCUGCACCUUUAUGCACUUGGAAACAAGCUAUAGCUGUUUACCAUUUGUGGACUAAUUACACUGUCAAGCUACCCGGCUGAUGAGAGCAGGUUAAAAAACAGUUGCACUGAAAAAGUUGACUGCCUAGGUCAAUAAAGCCAUAAAUUGGGAACAAUAAACUUUUGGUUCAAACUAAUGCUAGGCAGACAACAAAAUUAUAAAUUCUGAUUGUGAAACUAC